AUGCCUUCCACUACCCCAGAGUAUGUCUGUAUUGUCGGGGUUGGGUAUGUCGGCGAAUCCCUCCUCAGAGAAUUCAGUCAGGUUCAUCCCACCAUUGGCUUCGACGUAUCGGAGAAGCGCAUCAAGGAUCUCCGAAGCCAGUAUGGUGAACAAAAGGACCUUGUCCUUACCACCAACGAGGCGGACUUGAGCUUGGCCACCCAUUACCUCAUUUCUGUCCCUACCCUGCUCAAACCAGACCACUCUGUCGACUUCUCCCACCUGAAGUCUGCUCUGUCGACUGUCUUCCGCUAUGCACGCCCGGGCAACACCAUCGUCAUCGAGAGCAGUGUUGCCGUCGGCACCACUCGCCAGCUGUUUGGGUCAACUCAGAAUCUCUUCCAUUGCGGCAUGUCUCCGGAACGUGUCGAUCCUGGACGCACGAUCCCCGCCGCGCACGACAUUCCCAAGAUCAUCUCAGGGCUUACCCCGGAGUCGUUGAAUGUCAUUGAGAAGCUCUACUCGACCGUCUUCAACCAUGUCGUACCUGUGUCAACUCCCGAGGUUGCUGAGAUGACCAAGCUCUUCGAGAACUGCUAUCGAAUGAUCAACAUUGCCUACGUCAACGAAAUCAGUGACGCAUGCCGAACUUUGGGCUUGAACCCCAACGAGGUGAUCGACGCCGCCUCCACGAAGCCCUAUGGCUUCCAGACUUUCCGCCCAGGCUUGGGUGUCGGUGGUCAUUGCAUUCCCGUCAACCCCUCAUACCUCUUGUCGACAUGCCCCAAUCUGCCCGUCUUGGACCACUCAACCAACCUCAUGAGAGAGCGACCGCGCAAGCUGGCUCGAGAGCUUCAUGGCCAUGUUGCCUCAUCCACCCUCGCGUCGACACAUCUGCAACCCCGAGUGCUUGUCGUCGGUGUCGGCUUCAAGCCUGGUCAGUCUGUACUUUCCAACUCGCCCGCCCUCACCUUCGCCAGUGAGCUCCAGAGCCUGGGCUGUGAUAGGCUUGCAUACUAUGAUCCUUUGGUUGCUCAAGCUGCCAUCCCCUGGAUAGAGAAGCUGGAGGACGAGGCUUUUAAUGCUAGCGACUUGGCUGCCAACUUUGAUGUGGUGGCUAUCUGCUGCAGACAACACGGUGUCGACUUUGGAGAGCUCGACUGCCUCCCAGCGGAGGCAGUGUGGUCAUAUGAUUGA